CUCGACCAAAAUCGCUGCGCAGCGCUCGUCCUGGGCCUGCGUGUACACCCGGGGACGCAUUCGGCUAUCAUUUGUCACUCUGAACACUGUCAGGGCGACAGCGCGACACUCUGCGAGUCGUUUGCACGCCAGCGUGUCAGGUGUCUCACAAAACGCCACCAGCGCGUCGCUCGGCGCUGGUGCGCGAAUCGAAACCAUGGCCGCCCGCAGCCUCUUCAGAACGAUGCUGCGCGAGGCCGCCCAGGUGGACCAGUACAACUUUAGGAACUACGCGAUCCGCCGCGUGCGCGAGGACUUCCGCCGCAACGCUGCUUUAUCCGGUUCCGAAGCCGCCACCGCUUUGCAAGAGGGCAAGGACGCGCUCGAGGUCCUGCGGCGGCAGCGCAUCGUCGGGCAGCUGUACCCCGCGGCGCAGUCCGUCAUGGACGCCGAGGCCUCGCGGGCCUUCGAGGACGCCGCCGAGUCUGUGAUCGACCCGGUCGGCGGCGCGGGGCGAUGAUCACUUGUAAACAAACAUUAGUCU